AUGUCUCUCACCAAUUGCCGCUUCUAUGAAGACAAGUUCCCAGAGAUCGAUAGCUUCGUCAUGGUGAAUGUUAAGCAGAUCGCAGAGAUGGGUGCCUAUGUUAAGCUCCUCGAAUAUGAUAACAUCGAUGGCAUGAUUCUUCUCUCCGAGUUAUCCAGACGUCGUAUCAGAAGUAUUCAAAAGCUUAUUCGUGUUGGCCGCAAUGAGGUCGUUGUUGUUCUCAGAGUCGACAAGGAGAAGGGAUAUAUUGAUCUUUCCAAACGAAGAGUGUCACCUGAAGAUAUUGUAAAAUGUGAAGAACGAUACAACAAGGGCAAAAUGGUUCAUUCGAUUAUGCGCCACGUCGCAGAGAAGACAAAGCACCCUAUCGAGGACUUAUACGAGAAGAUUGCAUGGCCAUUGAACAAGAAAUACGGUCAUGCUGUUGAUGCUUUCAAGCUUUCGAUAACAAACCCUGAUACUUGGCAAGAAGUCACCUUCCCUAGCGAUAUCGUCGCCGAGGAAAUAAAAUCAUAUAUUGGAAAACGCCUUACACCACAACCAACAAAAGUCCGUGCCGAUGUCGAAGUUACUUGCUUUGGAUAUGAGGGAAUUGAUGCUGUCAAAACUGCUUUAAGAACUGCUGAAGCCAGAAACACCGCGGAUAACCAAGUCAAAGUCAAGCUUGUUUCCCCACCACUCUACGUUCUUACCAGCACAUGUAUAGAAAGGCAAGUUGGUAUUUCGACCUUGGAAGCCGCCAUUGUGGACAUCAGAAAGAACAUCGAGGCUGCGGGAGGUGGAUUAAUCGUUAAGAUGGAGCCUAAGGCAGUCACUGAGAACGAUGAUGCCGAGUUACAAGCACUCAUGGAGAAGAGAGAACGUGAAAACGCCGAAGUCAGUGGAGAUGAGAGCAUGAGUGAGAGUGAUGAGAACCAAGUGGAGGUCAUGUAA